AUGAGCCAGAAAUCUUCCACAUUCAACAAAUUCAUUCUCUAUGAGAACCGACUCAGGUUCUUUGUUAUAGCUUCCAAUGCCGCCGACUCUAGGCACCGUAUCAUCAAAAUCGACCGUACUGACCACGAUGAAUUAAUAGUCAUAGAAGACGAAGCUGAAUACAGUGGCAAGCAGAUGAGUGCUAUGCUCAAGAUGCUUGACGAUGGCAACAAGAGUUCGGGGGGGCUUGGAAAGGCGAAAGUUUUCUUUGGUAUCGCAGGCUUUAUCAAGUUUACUGCCGGAUGGCACAUCAUCCUGAUUACGAAACGAUCCAUUGUGGCACUCCUAGGCGGACACUACGUCUACCACUGUGAAAAUACUGAAAUGAUUCCUGUUUCUUUCAAUCACAAGAUAGAGAAGCCCGCAGAAGAGCAGAGGCUCAUCAAUAUCUUCAAGCAAGUAGACAUGUCAAAGAACUUUUACUUCAGCUAUACGUAUGACCUCACUUCCACGUUACAACAUAACUUGGUCGGUUCCAGCCGUAACGUCCACGGAAAAUGGUCCUUCAACGAUCGAUACGCUUGGAACUUCCAUAUGCUUACCGCACCAUUCGGGGAGAACAGCAAUAUCAGGACACAGUGGAUGCUUCCCUUAGUUCAUGGCCAUGUCGAUCAAGCAAAACUCACUGUGUUGGGCCGGGUGGUUUUCGUAACUCUCAUUGCUCGACGGUCGCGUCACUUUGCUGGAGCAAGAUAUCUGAAACGUGGUGUUAACGGAGAGGGGAAUGUCGCAAACGAAGUUGAGACGGAGCAGAUAAUAUCGGAAGCACUCACAACACCAUUUUAUUAUCCCGUGCAAGGAACCUCGAAUGGUAAAGAGCGAAGCAGAGGUGCUAACCCACACUACACGUCUUACGUUCAGUACCGGGGGAGCAUUCCAGUAUACUGGACUCAAGAGACUACUAGCAUGAACCCAAGACCUCCCAUCGAAAUCAAUGUUGUCGAUCCGUUCUACACUGCUGCAGCCAGACAUUUUGAUAACCUUUUCAAGCAAUAUGGUGCUCCGGUGGAAAUCCUCAAUCUGAUCAAAGGAAAGGAACCGGUUCCUCGCGAAUCCAAAUUACUGGCAGAGUACAAGCAGUGUACGUGCUAUCUAAAUCAGUUCCUCCCUCCAGGAAAGAAGAUGAUACAUCGAGAUUGGGAUAUGUCUCGAGCUUACAAACAGUCCGUCAAUCCGAUUAUAUUUUCUCUUUUUACCGAAUUCAAUAUCAACUCGUAUCAACUCAUUAGGAAGACACAAGAUGUCAUUAGUUAUCUAGAAGAUCUUGCAGAAGAGUCAAUCCUGAGGACCAGUUUUUUUCAUUCUGGACCAGAAUUAUAUUGGCACCAUCUACAAAGAAGUGAAGGAGAAACAGGCACACAAGAGGAAUGUCCACCACUGCGCAAAACUAUAUCUCUGCAAAACGGCAUCUGUCGAAUCAACUGUGUGGACUGUCUUGACAGGACAAAUGCUGCUCAAUUUGUCUUUGGCAAGAGAGCUUUGGGACAUCAACUUUAUGCAUUGGGCGUUGUCGACAAUCCUAACUUGUCUUUUGAUUCCGACGCGGUUAACAUGUUGACGGAAAUGUAUCAUGAUCAUGGAGACACAAUUGCACUCCAAUACACUGGUAGCGCUCUGGUCAACCGCGUCGAGACAUAUCGUCGUAUGCCUCACUGGAACAGCCAUUCACGAGAUAUAAUUGAAAAUAUCCGACGCUUCUACACCAACUCUCUAUUAGAUGCAGACAGACAAGCUGCUAUAAAUCUCUUCCUCGGUGUAGAUUCAGAUCGGCCAAUCGCCUAUCCACCCGUCCGGAACGGGUAUCGCAAAUGGUUUCACGAGGAACACUUGACAGACCCUUAUUGCAUUGAAGACUGCUCUAAUAAACUUUUGAGCUAUGUUCAGACUAAAGGCGAAUUCUGGACCGAAUAUUAUCGACCUCUUUUAUUUACGUCGCUCACGAAGCAUUUCGUUUAUUCCAUGAACAGCACGUUGAAACUACCUGGCAAAACGGCCAAAGACAUAAACCAUAGUCCUUUUGAGGCACACGGGAGUGCGAGACAUCGGCAGACAAGUGUCGUACAAGGAGUGAGGAGAUGGAUAAGUUCACACCCACCUACGGCUUCAAAGAAACCCCACGGGAAACCUCAAAUAAGAUCGGAAGCUCGACGCCCUAUUGCGGAACCUGAAACGCUGCCGGAUCGUCAUUCGACGGAAGCGGUCGCAAAGCAGAUGUUGGACCCUACUGUUUCGGAAGAGGAGGAAGCGGAAUAUCAUGGUUAUAUCGACCAGUGUCAAGAACUUCUAGAUGCCCGUAUGACGGGAGGUGAGCGUAAAGACCUCGAAGUAUAUACCAAUGCGGUGCGGACUGCUGCUGGGGACUUCGGUUCGACGAUGGAAGAAGUUCCCAAGGAGUUCCUGUCCUAUAUCGAGCAUGGAACGACUCAGUACAUCGAAGGGAGUGUACGGAAGGAAGCGUUCCCUGUGAUGUUCAAUUACGAGCGUUGGCUAAUGGGUCCAGCAAUCGGAUAA